GCUGAGGGAAUACACAGAGAGAGGAAGGAUCAGGAAGGAAAGAGAAACAAAAGGUCCACAUUAGUUUAACACAGGGAAUAUUCAAAGGAAUACACAAGUAUAAGAUAUAUCUGGACCUAAAGUACUGUGCAGCAGCCACAAGGGACACGGAGAGGCUUUUCUGAGGAAACCCAAGCCCAAAUGAAGAACUAGCAAGACGACCGGGAAGGUUCCUGUGCAAGGAAACGUGAAUGUGUGUCAGAAGUUAACAAGCCAACAAGUUACCACAUAUUAACAAUCAAAUCGCCAACAAAAUGUUUAUGGACAUGGACAUGCACACUUGGGGAAAGAUAGUGACCUGGACAACACUGGAAAUAUAAAAGGUUCUAAAGAAAAACUUUGGAUGGAUAUUCCUAUCAACGUUUUGAACAUCUGACUACAUUCCAACUUUUCCCUGAUGAUCACAUGGGAAUAUGCCACCAUAUUUCUGCUAUGCUCCAGUUUCCUGCUGGACUUCAGUUACCCGAAUCUUCUUCGGUCUCGGCACCAUUUCAAGACUAAACGUGGGGUGAUGCCAGUCAAGACAUAUUUCCAGGGCAGGGCAAGGCUGAGACACGGAACACCACGGGUUCAGCGAAUUAAAAGAGGAUGGGUGUGGAACCAGUUCUUUGUUCUAGAAGAAUACAUGGGCUCUGUACCACAGUAUGUUGGGAAGCUCCACACAGAUAUGGACCACGGUGACCAUGCAGUUAAGUACACGCUUUCAGGAGAAGGAGUUGGGUCUAUCUUCACCAUCGAUCAAAUGACAGGAGAUAUACAUGCUCUGAGGAAGCUUGACAGAGAAGAAAAGUCCUACUACAUACUCAGAGCCCAAGCCGUAGAUGUCAGUACAGGUCUACCAUUGGAACCGGAGUCAGAAUUUGUUGUCAAGGUGCAGGACAUCAAUGACAAUGAACCUCGAUUUUCAGAUGGAACGUACUGUGCCAUUGUUCCUGAGAUGUCACCAAAAGGAACUUUUGUGAUACAGGUAACAGCCACAGAUGCUGAUGACCCCACAUAUGGUAACAGUGCACAGAUUGUCUACAGCAUCCUUUACGGUCAGCAAGACUUUUCUGUGGACACCAAGUCAGGAGUCAUCAGGACAGUUUCAGCCAACAUGGAUCGUGAAGUGAAGGACGAAUAUCAGAUUAUAAUCCAGGCCAAGGACAUGGGUGGCCAACUGGGGGGACUUGCAUCCACUGUGACCAUCAAUAUCACCCUCGGUGAUGUCAAUGAUAAUCCACCUCGUUUUGUCAAGAGUAUUUUUCAUCUGCUGGUACCCGAGACUGCAUUGGUGGAUUCGGUGGUGGGUCGGAUUCUGGCCCACGAUUUAGACACAGACAGAAAUGCAGAGGUGGACUACUCCAUUGUACCAGGGGAUGAAGGCAUCAUGUUUGACAUCAUCUCUAGUGGACAAAGUAAAGAAGGAGUUGUUGUCUUGAAAAAGCCUCUGGACUAUGAAACCAAAAAGUCCUACACUUUCAAGGUUCAAGCAGUCAAUGCACAGAUGGAUCCCCGUUUCCUCCAUUUGGGUCCUUUUUUGGAUUCAGCGACUGUCAAGGUAACUGUCAUGGACAUGGAAGAGCCCCCUGUAUUCAGCAAAGCAUCCUACUCUCUGGAUGCAUAUGAAGACACCCCUCUGGGAACCAUCAUCGGUUCUGUUACAGCACAUGACCUCGACGCCAGCAGCAGCGCAGUCAGGUAUUCCCUGGAAUGGCAAAAAGACGAAGACAGCUGUUUUGACAUCGAUGCCAUUAAUGGCUCCGUUUCCAUAAAUGAAUACUUGGACAGAGAGGAAGCAUUUCAGCACAACAUAACUGUGGUAGCAUUCAAAGUCAUAAAUCCUGUGCUGUCCACCAAAGUGCUAGUGACAAUCAACGUCCUGGAUGUGAAUGAGUUUCCUCCGGAACUGGCAUUUCCAUCGGAUACCUUUGUAUGCGAAACUUCUCAUGUUGGACAGGUGAUUCAAAUGCUCAGUGCUGUGGACAUGGAUCUUCCGCCUGUCAACCAGAGGUUUUUCUUCAAGAUCCCUAAAGAACUUCGCAACAGAAACUUCACUGUUCGAGAUUAUGGAAACAACACUGCUGGCAUAGUGACACGACACGCUGGUUUCCAGCGGGGGGUACAAGACACAUACGUCCUUCCUGUGGUGGUUGAAGAUAGUGGUUAUCCUGUUCGGAGCAGCACAGCGACCGUCACAAUCAAAGUGUGCAUGUGUGGAGUAGAAGGCUUGCUGCUCACCUGCCCUGCUGAUGCAAUCACCCUGCCCUUGGGUCUCAGCACUGGAGCUGCAAUGGCUUUUCUGCUGUGUGUAUCUCUGCUGAUAGCGAUCCCUGGACUUUACAUUGCCCGACGUCGCCACCAACUCAAAGAUGCUGUCAGGACAUCCAAAGAAGAUAUUCGAGAUAAUGUCUUUCAUUAUGAUGAUGAGGGUGGCGGUGAGGAGGAUACCGAUGCCUUUGACAUUGGAACACUCCGUAACACACACUCAGCACAUGUUAGCUCUCUAAAGUUAAUCACGAAGAAGGAUAAAAAUAGUUACGGUGACGGGGUUCUGUUGCAUCUGAGCGAUCGCUAUGAUGAUAUCAGAUCACCCGACAUUCAUCGGCAAACCGCCGGUUUCAUCUCCCCGCUCAAGAGCCAGCUGCUUGUUCCCUGCUGCAGAGUGACUCAAAGUGAUGGAGGGAUAAUCCAAGAUUUCAUUGGACAUCGGCUGGGAGAGAGUCUGGAAAGUUAUGUUGCAUCACCCUGUGACUCGCGAGCCUCUGAAGGUGCUGGUUCUGUGGCUGACUCAUUGAAUUCAAUAGAGAAACUGUGGGCAUUUGACGAUUUAGGAGACUUGAGUUCUCUUGGAGAUUUGGUAGAGCCUUUUGAAUCACUAGCGAGCAUUUUUGGGAGACAGGCCCCUACUGUGCCUGAAGAGAGCUGAGUUAAAACAGAUAAUCAGGGUUGACCAAAUAACUUGAAAAAAGUAAUUUAUUACUUUCCCCAAAAGUAACUGAAUUAGUAACGGAAUUAUUCCUUCAUCAAUGCUAUUAGAUACCAGGAAAGGUAAUUGUUACUUUAAAAAAAAAAAAAGCUUCAAAUGUGUGAAAUAAUUGGUUAGCUUUGUAGCAGAGUUUAGAUUUACAACGGACACAGACACACAUAAUGUACACUUGUAAUGUACUGUACGUUCUUGCCUUUUAACAUCAAUAAUCUUGCAAUAGUGCCUGUGCUGACAUCCUUAAAACCACACUUAAGUCCACACACCUCCUGCUCACCAUUGUUGCAUCGACUUCUCUUGUCUGGCUCGGAGACAUCAACGAGCCGUGUCUUUUAAAUGGCUCUUAAGUGAACGAUGAAAAACGAUUCCCAGUUGUAUAUAAGAACAGCUCGUUCUUAUAUCUUAUAUUGUUAUGCACUUCUGAUAAAUAUUUUAAGACCAGGUUGAAAAUUGCAAGAAUUUACAUUUUGCACUGUAGGAUCUUAAGGAGAUUCUCAGUAGAGCAGUGGUGUCCAUAGUGCAGCCCAAGGGCCAAGGGCCAGUUUUUUUAUUGGCCCGCAGCACAUUGUAAAAAUAUAAUUUAAGAAAACAAAAAAAAAAUGUUUAAAAAAACCAACAGCAAACAUUUAAAAAUCAGCAGUAAUUUUACAAGAAUAAAGUCAAAAUAUUAAAAGUAUACCAUCAAGGUUACUGUUUUUUUCCCUCAUCAGAGAAUAAAACUUUCUUCCACCUUUCAAAGAUCCAUGUUUGGUGCUCUUGUGCACAUUCCAAACAGGCAAUUUUGUGGUGUUGAAGGUGACGGGGCCUUUGAAGACGUUUUUUCAUCUUAAAAACCUUCAUCCCCACCGGAUGAAGACUGCUGCAACGCUAGAGUCUCCCAUCAAAGCAGUCUUCAUCUGUGCAUGUAAACGCUGUGGAACACACACACACACACACCAGCACGUAGUGAUACGAACGGAGAGAAAAUAAUGCAGAGUGAUUGAGAGGUCUGA